UCAGCCCACCCGGCAAAUGCCCGGUGAAGGUAGAAAGUGUGUGAGCUGAUGUGAAUUGAGCAGCAUGGAUCAGUGUGAGGACAGAGAGGAGGGAGCCCCUCCCUCUAAAAGCACUCUGUGUGGGGAACAUGAGAGCCAGACCAAAGCUCAGAGGAUCGAGGGGAGACCUGCUGGACCUGAACCUGAACCCAGCUGUGUGUCCUUAAAGAGUGACCGUUCUGCAGAUCGUCCCAUUGAUUUUAAAUCCCAGCCUUUGUCUGCUGCAGAGAGAGAGAGGAAGAGGAGUGGUGUUUGUGAGGAGGAGCAGCUGUCCUGCUGUGCUUUGUGUCAGGACGUCCUGAAGGAUCCAGUCUCUACCAGCUGUGGACACUGGUUCUGCAGACAGUGCAUCUCCUCAUACUGGGACCAGUCUGCUUCAUCAGUAGACUCCUCCAGUCCCCAGUGUGGAGAAAGAUCCAGAACCAGAGCUGGACUGCAGACAGCCAGUCAGAGCAGCUGUGUACAAACAGAUGUUGGUCUGCAGGAGGUUUUAGAUGAACAUAAGAUCAGUCUGAGGAGGAGAUGUGAACGUGUGACUGAAGGAAGUGAUGAAACAGGAAGUAGAACCCUCCUCAACACGAUCUACACUGAGCUCUACAUCACAGAGGGACAGAGUGAAGAGGUUCAUACCCAACAUGAGGUGAGGCAGCUGGAGACAGCUUCCAAGAUGGACGCCCUCCAUGGCACUCCAAUCAGGUGCCAGGACAUCUUUAAAGCCUUACCUGACCAACAGAGACCCAUCAGAGUGGUUCUGACCAACGGCGUUGCUGGUGUUGGAAAAACCUUCUCAGUGCAGAAGUUCACUCUGGACUGGGCAGAGGGCUUGGAGAACCAACAUGUCAGUGUGGUGGUUCUGCUUUCAUUCAGGGAGAAGACAGAGGUGGUGGACGACUUCCUGGGACAAACUCAUUGGAAAUCAGCUCUGGAUGAUUUCCUGAGCAGAGUCAUGAAGAAAUCCCUCCAAAGUAAAGAUUGUCACUUGGACCUGUUUGUUCGCUUCCUUCAUGGCCUCUGUCUGGAGUCCAACCAGAGACUCUUAGGAGGUCUGCUGGGUCAGACAGAGAUCAGUCCAGGAAUCAUCCAGAGAGUCAUCGACAACCUGAAGAAGAUGAACACUGAUAAAAUCUCUCCAGACAGAAGCAUCAACAUUUUCCACUGUCUGAUGGAGAUGAACAACCUCUCAGUACAUUCAGGAGAUCCAAGAGUUCCUGAAGUCAGAGAACAGAUCAGAGAAGAAACUCUCUGA